AUGUCGGCGGAGGAGCUCAACCUGCUGUCGGGGCUGUGGAAGAUGCUUAUGAUAGUCGACUGCGAGCACGGUUGGCCGGUGCGCAACCUGAUGACUUGGUGCUGCCCACUGGUAAACGCCUCGUACCUGGAGCCCGACGCCGAAGGCAGGUUCCGCCGCUUCGUGCGCGAAAGGCCUAGCUUCUUUGAAUAUGACAGCAAAUUGGAUAGCGUACGUGUGGCCAAGAAUUCGCCGCACGCUGCCAUCGAAAGGUGUCUGGUCAAGUACUUAACGCUACAGAUAUUGGGAGGACACUGCGAUGUUGGCGCCGAGGCCUCUGAUAGAUGCCAGUCGGCUCUCCCAAACUACAUGGCUGCCCAUCUGAACACCAUAUACGGAGGCAGUUUACGGCUCUUUUGCAAGGCGCAUCCGUCAGACUUCACACUCGACAGCAACGGCACGCAUCUGGUAAGGUUGACUGUAGGCUGCCGUGAGAGGAUCAUGGCGUCGUACAGAAGGGAAGGGGACCUCGUAUAUUUUUUCGUUGAUCUCCUGCACAAGAUUGGAGCGACCAUGGAGAAGCCGUGCCCCGGACACACGCUCAGAUCGUACCUCGAUUUCAUGAGGAGCAACGACAGAAGGCUGCUGUUUGAAAACUAUCGCGACAAUCUGGACGUGUUCUUUCUGCUUAACCCUGCAAACUUCGGGAUGACGAGAGCCGAAAACGGGUCGGUUUACCUUAGGAACCGUGACCCGCACUACGCUGCAGCUUUGUUUCUAAGACAGCAUCUCCAGAUCCAGGGCACGUCCGUCGUCUCUCUGAAAGAGCUCGUAUUCAGAGCCAAGUACACGUCGUCACCGGUGACACAAUACCUUUUUGGCGCCAGAACUGCGGAAAGAACAGUGAGGAAGCUAGUCUGGGGCCACCCCGCCUUAUUUCACAUUAAUGAGACGGGUAACAAGCUGCGGCUUCGCAUUAAGUGCCCGUCAGGUAGACGCUGGAACUCAGACGCCGAACUGUUGGCGGUGGCCCAUUUUAUUCACAUCCUCAAAGACAUAGGUGCGACGUCACCUUCGAGGGCAAUAUGCUUUAAUUACAUCAUAUGUGCUGCUAGUGCUGCACCACCAAAGUGCAAAGGUUACCUGGUCACCGUUUACCCAAGACUAGAAGUGAUCGGACUGUUUCACCUGCACCCUAGCAUUUUCGACCUGUCCUCUGUUAACCGCGUUUCUCUACACACGAAGGACGCACCAGAGACAUUGCCCACCAAGCUGCGUAGUGAGCAGCAGAUCGAAAAGCAAGCGGUCGAGUUUGCAGCCAAGUUAAUCAAGUACGUUUGCCGCCUGACACCCGAGCUUUUUCGCUCUUGCACGGAAGGUCUGCCUCGCGACGUUCGUCAGUAUUGUGAGGCGCCAGUGAAAGGCCGUCUGCAGUCCAUCAUAGAAAGCGGCAGAGCAGUGUUGGCCACGAACGUCCCGCGAACAGUUAUCUCCGCGACAUCCGAGGCUUCAACACAAACCGCCACUGCGCCGACGUCGCUGCCAUUGAUGUGUCAGCCCGCGAAAGAAGCUGCCAAGAAUAACAAACAGAUUCACCGCAACAAUCAGAAGACCACAACAGAAGUCUUUUCGCCGUCGGUAGAGGCUGGUUCAACAAUCGAAGCAAUGAACAAAUCGGACAGCGCAACACAUGAUCAAGAGGGGGAGGCCUCGAGCUCGUUGCCGCGUUAACGCCGCUCGACCUGAAGCGUGAGGCCAGGAAAUCCUCUUCAAAGCCGAAGAGCACCGACCGAGCGUGAAAGGGGCGACCAAAAUCACGGUCAAUGUGGCCCGAAUGUCCAUCUGUAAAGUGGACCGUCCCUAAAUUACGUCAAGCCGAGGUUUUUAUCGUGCCUUAUCGCAGGACGCGUGUAGGAGAAUGUCAUAACUAUAUAUGCAAGGAGUUUUAUUUACUUGUUAGCUAACUU